CAGUCAAAUAGCGGUGGCAUGCAAAUGCAUUUUAUAUAAGUCUGAAAAAUUAAAUAAAAAUAUUUUUUACAAAUAAAAAAAACAAAAAUCGAGUUUAAAUCGUAAACGGAGUUGAUAAAAUAGUUUGCUUCUUUGCUGUGUGUCCCACUGUAUGCUGAGGCGUAUGAGGAACAUUUUCCGCAGCCGCAAAUAUCGGUAGUCCGCACGAAGCUUAAGCUGUGAUAUAAUUUAACAAAAUUGAAGGAAGUGUAGUUUUUAGUGCAAAAAUUAAUUCACAAAAAAUUUAGUGUUGUGCAAAUUUUAUAAUCAGCUGACACUAGUGAGUACAAAUAGUGAUCUUGAGCGCUCCAGCAAACGCCAUAACGCACAGCAAACCGCUUUGCCAACGCCAGCAAAGUGUUACUACUUAACGGUUCUGCAACUCGCACGCUUUGCCCUUCAGUGGCCUUAACAGUACGAAAAUUGCUCAAGAAAAGGCGCGUCUGCCCUUUCCGAUUCCACGGUACACCACCAUGAAUAAGACCACACUCCACUGGAGUUAUCUGAACUUCAAGGAUGUGCCAAUGGAUCUCUACCUCUAUGAAGAUCUCGAAGAGGUGUACCUGAAGGAGAAUUUCAUCACCACAAUUCCCAAAUGGCUGCUGAAUGUUACGACGCUAAAGUUCAUCCACUUGGCUGGCAAUAAUUUGAGCGCGAUACCUGAGGAGAUGUAUCUUUUGGAAAAUCUGGAGUUUCUCGAUGUCUCAAACAAUCAAAUACGUGAACUUCCGAAGACUAUUGGACUGAUGGACCGCUUACAACGCUUAAAUGUGAGUGGCAACGAGCUGACCGAGCUGCCCGCUGAAAUUGGUGCGCUAAAACAACUCGAAGAGCUCAACAUAUCCAAGAAUCAUCUUCAACGACUGCCAAUACAGCUAAGCGAAUGUCAGCGCCUAAACGUGCUAAACCUCAGUGACAAUGUCAACAUCUGGCAUAUACCCGAGCGAAUCUCCAACCUGCCAUCACUACAAUCGCUGUCAGCGGAUCGUUGCGCACUUUUUUACCUGCCAGUGGCACUUUCUAAGUUCGUAAAUCACGUCCGCAUAUUUCACAACACAUCCAUUACUCAUGUGCCCAUGAUCUAUGAGAAGCCCUUCCAAACUUUCUAUGAUAAUCGCGCAAAAGUAACACCCCCUGCUGUGACACACGACAGUUUCUUUUGGGUGCUGGAAAAGGAGACCAAUACUAGACUACUACUGCCCUUCGGCACACGUCGCAUCUUUUGUGUGCCCUCGCUAGACAAUCAAGUCACACUUUACGACGAUUGUCUAAGGGCAGUGCAGUACCUGAGUCGCUACAUGCCAUUAUGGGAGAAUGUGGCGCUUAAGCAAAUGCUACCGGAGAAGUUUAUCUACAAUCAUAUCGUGAAUGGACCGACCGCCCGUUGUACAGUGCUGAAUUGUUCCAAUCCCUUGUAUACCACCUACUAUUUCAUGGCUGUGAAGCGGCGUGGCAGCUCGUCGAAACAAAUUUUCACCUGUUACUUUUGUUCGAAUCACUGUGCGAAUUUGUGGCUGUUGGCGAAUGGCAAGAAAUACUAUCAGCUGGAGUGGGAGGUGUGUGAGGAUUAAUGUAUUAGCAGCGUUACCGCUCAAAUCUUGAAAACACUGAUGUACAUAUAAUGGUCGAGAAAUUAAUAUAGUUUAAUUAGUAAACGGCUAAGAAAAUAAAUUUAAGUAGACGAAAUCAAUUUGUAAACC